GCCCUUAGGGUUUCCGGAAAUUAACACACCCUUGCCACCGUGUUUUUGGGCAAUGACCAAACUGCCCUUUCCCCUUCUCUGCACUAAAACGAGAUCAACAAAAAAUCGUGGUUUACGUGUUUCGAACCCUCAUUCUAGGAAUCGAACACAAUCUGAGUCUGGCAACUUAGCCAGUUGGGUUACUGGCCCAUCAUCCAUUAAUAAAAUCAUCCCGUAUAGUUUUAUAUAUUUAAAAUCCUUAAUAUGAAAUGUUAGAUGCGGAUUAAGUUUAUCUCGUUUCUUUUCCAAUAAGUCAAAUUUCCUCUUAAUAACUGAAAUCCUUAUAUUAUCUUUUUAUAAUUUCAUAAUAUCAACUUAAAUUUUAUUAACAAUAAAUUUUGACACGAGAACCAUGAUCAGUGGAACGUGUUAAUAAUUUUAUUUAAAAUUAUCAAAGUCCGAACGAACUACGUGGACUUUGAUCCCGUCUAACGGGUACGUAGGCAACCGAUAAGAUUCGAGUCCAAAUAACCAAUUAACUUUAUCGUUUACGUCAGUGGACGUACAAUUAAAUUACCAUUAAUACGAUUUAAUUUUUUUUUUUUAAUGGUCCAGUGGGACCCUAAGAUUACAAAAUUUUUACUAAAAUACACCCAACUUGCAUAAAAACUUAUCGACUUAAGUAGUACCGAUUUAGGGCGUUGUGGGGGUGUUGCUUAACUUCCCCACACGUAACCGUACUCCCGAACCUAGAACUUUAUUUUCGCAGACCAUGCCUCGGUUCUGACACUAAGGUUAGAGCCGAUUUGAAGAGUGUUCGAUCCACUCCAAGUAAGAUCGAUGGCGACUCCCAAAACAGCCGACGCGACGACAUACGGACCCCCCGGAGGGACGGUUGCGACAGUUGGCGACUCCGCUGGGGACUUCGAGAGUCGAGCUACACUUAUUAAGUCGAUAAGUUUUCUUAUUUUCUUUUACAUGUUGAGUGUUUACUACUUAUUUGCGCAAUUAUAUUUUCGCAAUUUAAAUUUUGCAUUCAUGCACAAAAGCUCUACGCCCGAGCUAUCCCUUUAGAAAAAUGAAAGGAGUACCGUGACUUCCGUAGUAGUGGUCGUCACGCAAAACUUUCUAACCAAGUUGAACUCGGAUCCGAGGAUGAUCUUGAGGUAUCUAGUCAGUUCGAAAGGGCUACGGCAGGAUACAACUUGGGAACCAAAUCCCUAGGAAUUCCCCUGCCAGCAUAUAGUAAGCAUAGAGGCCUCCCUAACCCGUCCAAAAUUAUCCCGAAACCACCCUAAAACCAUGUCGUUACACUUCCCGAAAGCCUUAGGUCUACCUAAAUAGGGCAACGAUGUGAUUAUAUGUGUUUGCUUAUCUAAAUGGAUGUUUGCUUGUGAUUUAUUGAUAUUGUGUUUUAUCUUUUACUCGCAAAACUAUGUGAUUGUAUGAAUGAAAAAUGUUUUCAAAAUUCAUAAGAAUCAUUCUCUCGUAACAUUUUCAUUCACUCAUUUACAACUUAUCAUAAAAAGAUAAAAAUGCAUGCAUGAUGAAAGAUAAAUUUGCAUUCAUACAUCAUUAACACUUGCAUAAGCAUCACGCAUAUACAUACCCAUAAUAAAAAUGAAAAAUAUAAUUUGUCAAUUUUAAGAUGGUUCAGGGUUUCUAAAAUCAUUCAUCCACGUGGAAAGAGUCAAGUAUUUGACAAGAUCAAGGUUGAGCUCAUCAUGGAGGCAUUCCAGAAGAAGAUGGGUGAUGUUGAAGGAAAGUUGACCGUAUUCGAUGAAAAGCUAUCUGGGUUCAAUCAAAAGCUAGAAGGUGUCGACGAGGUGAAAAAUCAACUAAAUUUGCUUAUAGGGAUGAUGUCAGCAAAGAAGAAAGAGGUAGCAACCAAUGAUGAAGAAAUGUCAAUUUACAAUGACGAUAAUGGCAAGCCACAUAAUGGGGGCAAUUCGAGCAAGAAAUUCAUCAGUAUACCCAUAAACGAGAAGCUUGAUAAAGAAAAAAUUGGAUCAUCAAAACUUGAUGACUCGCAAGGGAGACGGAAGUUAAAAGAAACUGUGAUCGAUGCCACAUCAAAAGAAAAACUUGAACGACUCGAUGAACGAAUAAGAGCUAUAGAAGGAACGGAGUCAUACGGGCCCACAGAUGCAUCGCAAUUAUGUUUGGUCCCAGAUGUGAUAAUACCUCACAAAUUCAAAAUGCCAGAAUUUGAAAAGUACGAAGGUGCUACUUGCCCUAGAAGUCACAUGGUUAUGUACUGCAACAAGAUGGCUAACCAUAUUCGGGAUGGAAAAUUGAUGAUACAUUGCUUCCAGAAUAGCUUAAGCGGUCCAGCUCUAAGAUGGUAUAUGCAACUCGAAAGAUCAAAGGUGACGAGAUGGCAAGAUCUGGCUGAUGCAUUCUUCAGACACUAUAAGCAUAACCAAGAUUUAGCUCCAGACAGGGAGGACUUGCGUAAUAUGGAAAAACAUGAGAAAGAAUCUUUUCGCGAAUACGCCCACAGAUGGCGAACAAAAGCCGUAGAUGUUCAACCUCCUCUAUCAGAGAAAGAAAUGGUGUCAAUCUUCUUCGACACACUCAAGCCUCCCUACUACAACAACAUGGUAGGAAUAACCACGACUAACUUUAUCGAUCUUUUGAUAAUCGGUAAAAGGAUAGAAAAAGGGAUCCUGCAAGGCAAGAUGGAAAUACCAGAAGGCUCCGCGAGACUAAGCCAGAAAAAGAGAAAGGAAGAAGAGGUAUAUUCAUCCCACAAAGAAGCAAAAGAGAAAACACGAAAAAGCAAUUUUCAAAAUAAUCAAGCCCUCCCAUAUGUUGCAACUACCACACCAAUAUUGCAACCACCAAACUUCAUGAAAUCAACGAUCCAACAUCCCACACCAAUACCACGACAAGGUGCCAAUCGAGAUGUUAGUAUCACAAGGAAAGCAAAAAGGGUAUUUGACCCCAUCCCGGUCACGUAUACCGAACUCUUUCCUCGAUUACUCCAUGAUCAUCUAAUCACCCCCAUUCCGGGCGAGACUCUGCAACCUCCAUUUCCAAGGUGGUAUAGGUUCGACAAGCAUUGCGAUUACCAUUCGGGAGUCCAAGGGCAUUCAGUGGAAAAUUGCAACGCUCUGAAGAUAAAAGUUCAAGACAUGGUAAACGCCGGAUGGUUGAAGUUUGAAUAAGAGGAGAUCGUUUACACGUCAACAACAACCUGCUGCAGACUCAUGGAAGUCAAUAAGCAUAACCCCAAAUAAAUAUCGAGAUAGCUCGCCACGAUAAAAAUGUAUCACCUUUUGCUUUCAUCAUGAGAAAUAAAAGGUUACUCAUGUUUCUACCUUCUCGGAGCAUUUCGUGAUCAUUAUCAAUCUCGAUUUUGGAUUUCGCAUCAAUGGUCCCUAUCUUUCCAAGUAAUAAAAAUACAUUUCACGAAUUUUGACUUGAAUUCUCUGAAAUAAAUCAUAAAUCAAUUUCAUGUGUUCAAAUUAAGCCAUGGGAUUAUCAAACCAAACAACUAUGAACACCCUACUGGUGUUGAGAGAUUAUGAACACCCUACUGGUGUCACGAUUUUGAACACCCCACGGGUGUUGAGAGUACAAAAUGCCAACUUAUGUUGAGUAUAUAAACACCCCACUGGUGUCCGUAAAUCAUGUGAGAUGAUAGUCAAGGGAUGUAGUGGGGAUACGACAUCAGGCUAUUUUAAGAAUCCUGUCACAUUUAGCCGAAUCUCGUCACCAAAAUAGUGUUUGAAAAACUAUCCAAUUAGCCCAGCCAUCAAGAGAGACACUCAUGUUGUCAGCCAUCAAGACAAAGUCAUAACCCUUUUGUGAUCGUGCCCAAAAACACAAAUUUCAGUUGAAGACUUAGUGAAACACAUAGGGGCAUAACAAAGUCAAGCAAGUCUCACAAAUGUGAAAAUUUCAAAAGUGAAGCAACAACAAAAAAGCAUUGUGGGACUUACAACUAGAUGCCCCUUUCUAUGUUAUCUAAAGUCAUAACCACUCAGCCAAGAGAUCUUCCAACCAAUAUCCAAGGAAGCUCAAGCAAAAGCUUACGUGAUAAGAAAAAAAACCAUGCAGUCACUACCAUUACACAAAAGAACUCCUCAGCAUACCAUUCUGGGUUGGAGCAAGAGUUCAUUUGCUUCCUACUCAUUCUUGCCUCUCAAAACCAAUAUUUUAAGAAAAGAGGGCAAUCCAAGCUAUAGAUAUACUCUCUGGAAAUCACCAACAUUUCCAAGAAAAAGAAAGACUUCCUCGAUGAGAGAAACUACAAACCUUAUACGAAUCCCCUAUUCCCAUCAAUUAGCCACAUAUCUUUGGGAGCAAGCCAAAAUUUCUCGACAAAAGUCAUGAGAUGGCCAAAAUCUCUCAAAGAUCUUCCUUCUAUCAUUGUCUCAACCCUGCUACAGGACAGUGAAAAUUUCAGGAUAAGAAGAUCCCACAAUCAAAAUCAACCAAUAACCUCAUUUCAUGAAAAAUCAUAUACCUCCACGACGAGACCAUAUGAGAUCACCUAAAUCAACCACACAAAGCUCUCUUGUUAAGAAAAACCUUAACCUCAAGCUCAUGUGGCCGUCAACAUGGACAGAGUCAUCUCAUGGUGACAGGAAUCUUGAUAGUAGUCGAAUUGUCGUAAACUUAAAACAUCCAUAGGAAUGAGUGAAAGUGAAAAAGAGGUCAAGGACGAGAGUGAGAGAUCACAUAUAUUCUCAUGGCUUGAUUUGCACUCUUAUUGAAACAAAACCGAUUUUGAGCAUUAUGAAAACAAAGUUUGUGGCAAAAGUCACACAAGAAAACGUAUUUGUUCAA